AAUAGCUUUUUUCAAAGCUGCAUUCAAGGGGCUGUGUCGUCGGUCAGGUUGGCGACACCGAUGUUCUCGAGGGUAGGCCUGUAAGGAGCGACACCAAUGGCAACGAUAAGCCGAGCGCAACUGCUGCACCAUCCAUCAGCCUACUUCUCCAGACUACCCCAUUCCCACUCCUCCUUCUCCAUCAAUUUCCGCCGCCGCAAAUUCUCCGUCACUCCUCCUCUCCUCUGCUCCUCCUCCUCCUCCUCCUCUUCCUCCUCAGCAUCCACGAAUCCGUCCAUCGUCGGAGAUCUUUUGAAUUAUCUCAACGAAUCCUGGACUCAGUUUCACGCUACAGCUGAAGCAAAACGACAACUAAUUGCUGCUGGUUUUCAUUUAUUAAAUGAGAAUGAUGAGUGGGACCUUAGGCCUGGUGGACGAUACUUCUUCACUAGGAACAUGUCUUGUUUGGUGGCUUUUGCCGUAGGAGAAAAGUACAUUUCUGGUAAUGGCUUUCAUGUUAUUGCUGCACAUACAGACAGUCCUUGUCUCAAACUUAAACCGAAGUCUGCGUCAUCUAAGUCCAAUUAUCUCAUGCUCAAUGUACAAACUUAUGGAGGUGGUUUAUGGCACACUUGGUUCGACAGAGACCUAAGUGUUGCUGGAAGAGUCAUUGUUAGGGCUAGUGAUGGUUCAUUUCUUCACAAGCUUGUCAAAGUAAAGAGACCUCUUCUACGAGUACCCACAUUGGCAAUUCAUCUUAACCGCACAGUAAACACUGAUGGAUUCAAACCAAAUCUAGAGACUCAACUUGUUCCCCUGCUUGCUACAAAACCAGAAGAAGCAUUUCCAGAAUCAAAAGAGAAAAGUUCUUCAUCUCCCAAGGCUGCUCAUCAUCCACUACUUAUGCAGAUUUUGUCAGAUGAGCUGGGUUGUGAUGUUGAUGACAUUGUCAAUAUUGAGUUGAACAUUUGUGAUACCCAACCUAGCUGUCUUGGAGGCGCAAACAAUGAAUUUAUAUUCUCUGGAAGGUUAGAUAAUCUUGCUUCAAGUUAUUGUGCUUUGAGAGCUCUGGUUGAUUCAUGUGGAUCUCCUGGUGAUUUAUCAAGUGAACAUGCUAUACGGAUGAUUGCUUUAUUUGAUAAUGAGGAGGUAGGUUCAGAUUCAUAUCAAGGUGCAGGGGCACCAACUAUGUUUCAGGCAAUGAGACGGAUUGCUGGUUCUUUAGCCAACAGUUAUGCUGGUGAGAGUGCCUUUGACCGUGCGAUUCGCCAAUCAUUCCUUGUAUCUGCUGAUAUGGCACAUGGAGUUCAUCCAAAUUUCAUGGAUAAGCAUGAAGAACACCAUCGACCAGAAAUGCAUAAAGGUCUUGUGAUCAAGCACAAUGCAAAUCAGCGGUAUGCUACCAGUGGAGUAACAGCUUUUCUCUUCAAAGAAGUUGCAAAGAUGCAUAACCUUCCUACUCAGGAAUUUGUGGUAAGAAAUGAUAUGGGAUGUGGAUCCACCAUUGGUCCCAUACUUGCUUCAGGAGUUGGUAUUCGUACUGUUGAUUGUGGCAUUGCCCAACUCUCUAUGCACAGUGUGAGAGAAGUAUGUGGGAAGGAAGAUAUAGACAUUGCUUACAAACAUUUCAAGGCAUUUUACCAAACUUUCUCCAGCAUAGAUAGGAAGCUUAUUGUUGACUAACUGGUAAAGUAAAAAUUAUUCAUGUCAUUCAUAUUUUGUAGCUCAAAACUAAUUUUUCAAAUAAAUUAUUUCUUGCUUCA